AUGGUAUGGGCCGACUUUGUCAAGAUCUUCAGAGAACAUCACAUCCCCAGCAGUGUCAUGAAGCUCAAGAGGGAUGAGUUCAGAAAGCUUCGUCAAGGUGGUAUGAAUGUGACGGAGUAUCUCCAUAAGUUCACGGAGUUAUCUCGUUAUGCACCAGAGGAUAUCAAUGAUGACGAGAAGAAGCAAGAAGCUUUUCUUGGUGGGCUAAACCCUGAAAUCAGGACCUUGGUUGAAGUCACCACCCACAGUGACUUUAAUGCCAUGAUCAACAGGCUAUCACCACUGAGAGAAAUAGGAAGUCAGAACUCACCGGCCCCUUCUAUUUUCUCCAACUCUGUUCAAGGACCAAAGCAGCCGGCGGGAACCAACCGUACUGCACCAGCUAGGAGCCAGCAGCAGUCCUUCGGCAAGGCAAAGGUGAACCAUGUGAACGUGGAAGAAGCAGAGGAUGCACCAGGAGUGAUUUUCGAAAGUGUCUGCGAGUACCGGAAGAACAAGUGGCACCAGAAACAAUCGACCUGCAGGAUGAUCUCAGAUAUCAAGAAGUACCAGUAA